CUCGACUUUGGAGGCGAUACAUCCCUGCCUCCUCCCCCAAACUUGAGCCCUGAGGAAGAGAAACGGCUCUUCAGGAAGAUAGAUCUCAGAUUAAUGCCCAUCCUAUCCUUGAUGUAUCUACUAAGUUUCUUGGAUCGGGGUGCAUGGAUAUGGGCAGGCAACGCGCGUCUACAAGGACUCGAGAAACAGCUUCAUCUCGUUGGCAAUCAGUACAACAUUGCCCUCACAAUGUAUUUUGUCCCGUAUUGCCUCUUCGAAUGUCCAGCCAAUCUCGUCCUCAAGAAGUUUCGCCCAUCACGGUGGCUUCCAGGUAUCACGAUCGUCUGGGGAAUAGUAAUGACCCUCAUGGGUCUCGUCAAGACGUACCCACAGCUUGUUGGCGUUCGAGUAUGUUUAGGGGUUGCUGAAGCUGGCCUUUUCCCGGGCGUAGUAUAUUACUUAACUCUAUGGUAUCCCCGUGCAAUGCUUCAGUUUCGAGUCGGCAUCUUCUUUGGUGCUGCAUCCCUAGCCGGUGCCUUUUCGGGGUUGCUCGCAUUCGGGAUCUCGUUCAUGAGCGGUACUGCAGGUCUGUUGGGUUGGUCGUGGAUUUUUAUAUUGGAGGGCAUUGCAACUGUUCUGGUCGGAAUCCUAGCUCUCUUUGUGCUUGUCGACUUCCCUGCGACGGCUGGCUUUCUCACUCCCGAGGAGAGGUCGUACAUUGUGUGGAGGAAAAAAUUUGAUAACUCCUCAGUCGGCGAGGAGGAACGUUUCGCGAUGCGCCACUUGUUGUCGGCUCUGGCCGACUGGCAAGUCUGGCUGCACAUACUUGUCUACAUGUCCAUCAUUGGUCCGCUCUACGGGAUCUCUCUGUUCCUUCCGACGAUCAUCAGUAAUUUUGGAUUCACCACUGCAAUCAGCCAACUCUUGACUGUGCCCCCGUAUAUUUUUGCGACGAUCGUCCUCAUCAUAUUCGCCAUCUGGUCAGAUUCAAUUCAAAAGCGUUCGCCGUUCAUCCUCGCCGGGCUCUCUAUGCUCCUUGUCGGCUUUGCGAUCAACAUUUCCGACACCACGUCGGGCGUGAAGUACUUCGGCACCUUCUUUUGCGUCGCUGGUGCCUACGCGAGCUUCCCGGGUGUUGUUAGCUGGCUCGGCAAUAACCUUGCCGGCCAGUACAAGCGUGGAGUGGGCAUGGCCUUGCAUAUUGGUAUCGGCAACUUCAGUGGCGCAAUCGCCUCGAAUGUUUUCCGAUCCCAAGAUACGCCACGUUUCAUCAUUGGUCACGGCAUUAUGCUGAUGUUUGUUGGCAUCGGUUUCGUAUCGGUGCCCAUCGUAGUCCUGCUCUAUAUUCGUAUCAAUCGAGAACGAGACAGGGUCUUGGCGGAGGGUGGUGUAAAGUAUACAGACAAGCAGUUAAGAGAACUGGGCGACCGUGCUCCUGAUUUCAGAUACAUUCUGUGAACGAAGAAUAAAUAGUCCCUUGAGCGAGGGCAUGUGUAUCGUAUGUACCACGAAGUAUAUGAUUAGCUGAUUCAUGAGAGCCCUCAACUGCACAUUUGAGGUAGAUAAAAAUCCCAAGCCCAGGCGAUUCAACUCGCUGCUGUAACCGUAGACCAUCAUCCAAGUGCCAUCGAGAUUGGGG